AUGGAAGCCCAACUGAGACCAUUAUUGGAAGUUGCUGUCAGGGACAAGAAGGUACCGGGGAUCGGGUGCUUCAUCAUCGACUCCAAGGGCAAUUACUUGCUCAAGGAGACCUUGGGAAGCUCUCAUAUUCAAGAUCCCAACGCCGCUCCAUUCGACGCUGACACCGUGGUGACAUUCUAUUCAUGCACCAAACUUGUCACCGUGAUUGCCACCUUACAACUGCUCGAACAAGGGAAACUCUCCCUCUCAGAUCCGGUGGAGAAAUUCGUGCCUCGAAUCUCGAAGCUGGAGGUGCUCGAGUCUGUUAAGACGGACGCAGAUGGCAAACCCGUACCCGUCUUGCGCUCACCAGCGUCAAAACCUACCAUUCAGCAUCUCCUGACCCACACAUCUGGCCUCUCGUACGACUUCUUUGAUCACGGAACACUGGCAUACCGCGUGGCUACCGGCCGCACUCCCAUGCAGUACCACGCAACCGCAGAAUGGGAAGAUUAUGAAACUCCGCUGCUGGCCGACCCAGGCACCAAAUACGUGUAUGGUAUCGGCACCGACUGGCUUGGUUUCGUUGUCCAGGAAGUGUCGGGCCAACCUCUUCCAGAUUAUUUCGAGGAACACAUCUGCAAGCCCCUAGGCAUGCACAACUCAAGCGGCAAGAUUCCACCAGGGAAGAAUUUUUUGCUGGUCCAUUUCGACGCACCCGACGGGCUUGUAGGGGUCCCGGAUGCGAAGCACAACGAAAACCCCCCUCUCUGGGGAGGUGGAGGAUUUCUCUACACGACAAUGAACGACUACGCGAAACUACUGGUGACUUUGCUUAACGACGGCACAUCGCCCACCACGGGCAACUCGAUCCUGAAACCCGACACGGUCAAAGGCCUUCUUUUCAAGGACAUCCUUGGUCCAGAAGUCGACAGGUCUGGCGUGGGCGAAGUCGGCGCCAGCAUCCCGCAAGCCUCGCUCGAGGGUACGUUCCUACCGUCCAUGCCAGUCGAGAAACGGGGCUGGUCUGCCGGUCUGCUCAUCAACCACGAAGACCUUCCCUACGGUCGCAAAGCCGGGUCGGGUGCGUGGGCCGGCCUCGGGAACUUGUACUACUGGGUCGACCCCGCGACCGGGAUCGCCGGCAUGAUCUGCACGAGCAUUCUGCCAUUUUUGAAUCCGACCGUGAUAAGGCUUUUUGACGAGCUGGAGAGGGUCGCCUACGGCCACGGUGUCAGCGGCGACGACCUGGAUCCGAAUAAGAGGAGUAUCAAGCUCAAGUCAUAA